AUGCUGAGCGAUGAAGAGCCGGAGAAUGGCUGCGAGCUCUCCAUCAACAGCAUGUCGUCGGGCUGCGACACGGACGACUUCAAGCAGCUGUCGCCGGCGCGAGACACCGGCGCUGCGAAACACGCCAGCCGACUGGUGCGCGACCGGCUCGGCUCCACGUCGCCCUCGCCGCCCUACAAGCGCAUCAAGGGUGAACUGCCGCCCUAUGAGCACAUGCAGGGUCUGCACCUGGGCGACGUGCCGACCACGCCGCGUACUAUCCUGGAGGACUGCAUGAUGCCGCCGCAGACGCCACGCGACGUCAACGCCAACAGUCUGCUGCGCUCGCGGCCCUACUGCCGCAAGGUGGCGGCACGCACGCGCGUCCUGGGCAGCGCCUCGGUCGAGAGGGAGGCCGCCAACAAGCCGGCAGCCAACAUCAACCCGUUCACGCCGCGUGGCCGCCAGAUCAACGAGCGCAAGCGGCUGCGGGACAGUAUCAGCGGCACUGACGGGUCACUGCUGUCCGUCUCCACGGACUGCUCCACGGACGGCGAGGCGGACGAGGCGCUUCCCACCAAGCGGCUGGCGCUCGCCGACGCCAAUGUCUCGCGGCUGGAGAAGGAGUUUAUCAUGCAGGGGGAGGUGGGCAGCGGGCAGUUCGGCCAGGUGUUCCGCUGCACCAACCGGCUGGACGGCUGCACAUACGCCAUCAAGCGCAGCCACAAGCCCGUAGCCGGCAGCUCGCACGAACGCAGCGCGCUCAACGAGGUUUACGCGCACGCGGUGCUGGGCAAGCACCAGUACAUCGUGCGCUACUACUCUGCCUGGGCCGAGAGGAACCACAUGCUGAUCCAGAACGAGUUCUGCACGCGCAGCAGCUUGGCCGCCCUACUGGAGCAGCACCGGGCGGCUGGCACGCUGCUCCCAGAGGCGGAGAUCAAGCGCAUGAUCACGCACGUGGCGCGCGGACUCAGGUACAUCCACUCGAUGCGCCUGUGCCACCUGGACCUGAAACCGGGCAACAUCUUCCUUACGGAUAACGAGCUGUUCUCCGGCGAGCGGCGCGCCGCCUCGCGCAUGGAGGACGACGCCAGUGUCGUGUCAUCCGACGACGGCUUCGACGAGGAUCUGGCCGAGGAGGACGACGAGGUCAUCUACAAGAUAGGUGACUUUGGCCACGUGACGGCGCUGGACGACAGCCAGGUGGAGGAGGGCGACUGUCGCUACAUGCCGCGGGAGAUCCUGCAGGAGGACUACAGCAGCCUGGCCAAAGCCGACAUGUUCGCGCUGGGCCUGACUGCGUACGAGUGCGCCAGCGGCCAGCCGCUGCCUAAGAACGGCAAGCUGUGGCAGCAGCUGCGCAACGGCGUCCUGCCGCCGCUGCCCGGCUUCUCUGACGAACUGUACCGGCUCAUCCGGCUGCUGAUCGAUCCGGACCCCGCGCGCCGGCCCAGCGCCGCCGAGCUGCUGGCGCACCCCUACCAGCUGCCGGCCAGCUGCCGCAGCCGCGCCCAGCUGCGCCGCCAGCUCAACGCCGAGCGGCUGCAGAACCAGCGGUUGCGUUCACAGCUGGCGGACCUGAGCGCACACGGCUCGCCGGAGCGGGGCGCCGCCGCCGCCGGCGGUGGUGAUGGUGGAGGCCGCCCUGCUGGGCCGCGGCACGCCCCGCAGCCGCAGCAGCACCUUCUGAGAGGCACCGUUUUACCGCUCGACGCGGCCGCGCCGGCCCCCGCCGCCGGCCGGCAUGUCUUCCCGCGACCUGUGUCGGUCGUGACCGCUGUAUGUGUGAGUGUAUUUGCCGCAUGUCUGGGCGGGCCCUGCGCAGGCUCUUGGCCGCUCUUAAUGGUGGGCGUGUCGUCUCCGGCGCGAUUCGGCGGCUUUUAAUUGGAACUAAUCGGAACGGCGCAGGUCCGAGCCGCCACUUGUCGACACGCACUUCAUCAGGGUUUAGUCUUUCAGCAUGCCGUUUACGAGGAGUGGCGCGAGGUUGUGACAAGGAGCUUGAGUUU